CGCUGCUCGGGCCAGGCCUGCGCGGCGCCGGAGACUCGCGGCCCGGCUCCUGGAGUGGUCGCAUCUCCGACCGGUGGCCUUCUCGGCGGCUCCUCUCAUCCUGGCACCACCAUGGCGCUCAACAAUUUCCUCUUCGCGCAGUGCGUCUGCUACUUUUUGGCCUUCUUGUUCAGCUUCGUGGUGGUGGUGCCAUUGUCCGAGAAUGGCCACGACUUUCGUGGUCGCUGCCUACUCUUUACCGAGGGUAUGUGGCUGAGUGCCAACCUGACGAUGCAGGGGCGGGAGCGCUUCACGGUGCAGGAGUGGGGCCCACCGGCUGCCUGCCGCUUCAGCCUGCUCGCCAGCCUCCUGUCACUGCUGCUGGCCGCUGCGCACGCAUGGCGCACACUCUUCUUCCUCUGCAAGGGACACGAGGGCUCCUUCUUCUACGCCUUCCUGAACCUCCUGGUCAGUGCCUUUGUGGUCUUCCUAGUCUUCAUUGCCAGCACCAUCGUGAGUGUGGGCUUCACUAUGUGGUGUGACACCAUCACUGAGAAGGGCUCUGCACCUCACAGCUGCGAGGAGUUCCAGGAAACGGACUUGGAGCUGAACGUGGACAACUCUGCCUUCUACCAUCAGUUUGCAAUUGCCCAGUUUGGACUGUGGGCCUCCUGGCUGGCCUGGCUGGCGAUCACCACUCUGGCUUUCCUGAAGGUUUAUCACAACUACCGCCAGGAGGACCUGUUGGACAGCCUGGUUCACGAGAAGGAGCUUCUGUUGGCCAGACCAGCCUCCCGCACCUCCUUCCAGGGGGAGAAGAGUGCUGUCAUCUAGGCUGACUCCCUUUCCUGAGGCCUGCAUGAGGGGGGCCUGGGACCUCCAAGCCCCCCAGGCUGGCCAACACGGCUCUGCAUGUGUCUCUUGGCCCCACCCACCGUGAGCAGAGAACCUGUAUUUCCCUGGAGAUCCUGACAGCGAUGGGGGCAGAGACCCAGAGACUUGGGAGUGGCUUCUGGCUUCUAGUUCUGGCCUUAGUUAGCGUGAUGCGUACUCCUUCUCUUGUGUGAUCGUUCGUCCAUAUAUAUGCAUGUAUGUGAGCAUGUGUGUGGAUGGCAGUGUGACUGCAGAACAGAGGUGACAAUGCCAGGUUGGCACCACCACAGGCUCCAGCACACCCAAGUCCCUGCCCCUCCCAUAGGGGCUGUCUUCCCAUCCUACGGCAUUCAGCCGUGGUCCCCAGAAGGCAGCAGGUGGAUGAUCCUGGUAGGAAUGUAGGACCCUGGACUGGGCUCCUCUCCCUGCUCUGAGAGGACAUCUGGGGCUGCUUGGCUGUAGUGGGAGAGUUCCACCCUCCUCCCUUGGAGGCUUUCUAGGUGGCAUGGUUGUCUGUAUUGGAAGGGUAAAGCCCCAUGGCAGGAGAGGCCCAGCCCAUCUGGAUCUCAGUGAGUGCAUUCAGUGUUCCUGGCUUUAGCCUGAGGUUGUACUCCAAUGCCGUCUCCUAUUUCCAAGCAAGGUGAUCCUGACCUGUGUCCAAGUCCACUUUCUACCAGUGGCUGGUGUGUUUUCAGAGGGAAGGCACUAACUUCCAAUUCACUGUGAGGAGUGUGAGUGUGUGUGUGUGUGUGUGUGUGUGUGUGUGUGUGUGUGUGUGUGUGUAUGUGUUGGGGGGCCGGUUGGGCCCUAAAAAUUAAAGCAGGCAAAGAUGGUCAGCGUGCAAGGGGCGCCUAUCUGGGAAGGCCAGCAUCAGGCUGACUGACACUCCAGGCUUCUCUGAGGGCUGACUGAACUCCCAGCAGAGGAUCUGGGUGCUGGAGGAGGGUUUUGAGGUCUCCAAACUGACCUGGUCUCUUCUCCAGACGCCCAGACAAGCCCUAAUCUAUGGGACAUUGGGACACUGUCUAGACUUGAGACUCCUCCUUUGUCUCUCCAGGAUUGGCACCUACUAAGGUUGUAGCCAUCUAGGACCUGAAGGAACUGGAGGCUAGAUGGGGCCUCUGGGACUUAGACUCUGCCUCAGGCGUGGGUCUGCCCUUGCCCGUGCCUCUCAUGGAUUCUGGAGAGUUAGUCUGGGAACUGGUCCGGUUUAGAGACCUUCGGUCACCUAGACUUGUCCCCGAGAUGUUGAUGUUCCAGGGUCUCCUGGGGAAGGGUCUCUGGCCUAGGAGUAUUGGCAGGACCUGUUGGCCGUAACCAUGGGCAGGGAUGUGUGUCCAAGAGAGGUUUCAUGGGAUGGAUGGCAAGAGGCAGGCAGGAGCUGCAGAGCCGUCCCCAGGUGGCCUGCAAGAUGCCUCUGCUCCUUUGCAGCUUGCUACAGGGAAGCCCUGGUUUCAGUCUUCCUGGUGAGGCUGACAGUGAUGAGCCCUAUACCUCCAUGUGUCUGAUCCUCAAGUCAAACUAAAAUAAAGACAAAACAUCUGA